GCGCAAAAGCCCCGCGAGAAAUGAGGUCCACAUGAAUGCCUGUGAUUAAAAACAAGUCAACGCGGUUUCUGUCGCGUUGUAGUGCCUGUAGACUUUGUGUUUGGUGUUUAGUGUUGGUCGGAGAUGCUAACAUUGAUGUGUAAACGGAGCUGUUUUGUCCUGUCACCCUGAUAAUCCCUGAUACAUGCAAAGUGCCUCGUUACAUUUGGUCGGCGGCACGCACAGUUCACAUUUAACCAGAACCGAGCUAAACAUAUUCAAACUCAUUAGACAGCGUCGAAGACAUGAGUAAGCGAGAAGGUGAAGGAUGUCCCCGGAAAAAUGCUGAUGCGCCGCAAGAUCGAGACGGGAGUGGCAACCCGUCCUCGCCUGUCAUCGCUGUUUUCAAAGUUUUCCAGCAAGAGCUUGAUACCAAACACGACAAAUAUGAGCGCCUUGUUAAGAUCAGUCGAGAUGUCACCAUCGAAAGCAAGAGGACUAUUUUUCUUUUACACAGAGUGACCAGCGUACCGGAUGCAGAGGAUAUUCUAAAUGAAGCAGAGACGAAACUGGAUUUAGUCAGGCAGAAAAUCGGUCAGAUUGCCGAAGAGCUCAGAGGAGAAGACAUCUUUCAGUUUCACAGAGCGUUCACGCCAGGAAUCCAGGAGUAUGUGGAGGCUGUCUCUUUCCUGCACUAUAUCCGUCACCGCAGCCUCAUCAGCCUGGAAGAGAUCAACGCCAGACUGGUGUUCAUGAGAACAGAGAAGGGCUUGGCUGAAGCUCAGCCGGCGGGAUCUCAGGUCCUGACCUUCCAGGUGACGCCCUCAGACUACCUGCUCGGCGUGGCUGACCUCACUGGCGAGCUGAUGCGGAUGUGCAUCAGCAGCGUGGGCAACGGCGACAUCGACACCCCCUUCCAGCUGAGCCAGUUCCUGCGGCAGAUCCACGACGGUUUCUCCUACAUCGGGAACACGGGACCGUACGAGGUGUCCAAGAAGCUGCACACGCUGCGACAGAGCUUGGGCAAAGUGGAGGACGCCUGCUACACCCUGCGUGUCCGCGGCUCGGAGAUCCCCAAACACAUGCUGGCAGACGUGUUCUCCAGCAGGACCGCGCUCAUGGACCCCGAGGAAGGAGUGGUUUAAGUCCUGCACAUUUCAUCAUUAUGUUCUCUAUGGUGUCAUUGUCUGCUUCAGUUUGAAGAUUAUUUGUAUUUUUAAUGGAACCUGACACGCUAAAUGUUUCAUGAUUAUUAUUGUUGCAAUAAAAGCAGUGUUACAAUAGACAAUGCUUUUUUUUUUCUCUUUGAGGUUUUGUUGACUUCACUUGUUUUGCAUGAAUAAAAGUUCUGUGCCAAAUAUGC